CGAAAUAUAAGCACGCUUACGGAUUUACAAGUAGACGAGUAGGUUUAUCAUUUGUAGAUUACAAAUUUUAAGCUCGUUGGUUGAAUUUUCAUGAGGAUGACCGCUUCACUAUUACCAACGUAGGGAUUUUCUUGGGGUAUUUGCAAUAGCGCUGACUUCAUAAAUUCUGCUCGGAUCAUGUCAUAUAAUUCUAAAACAAUAAAUCAUACGAUAAAAUGUGUCAACCUGAAACGCAGCAAAAUUUUCAGCCCGUCACCUGUUCCUGAUAAUUUGGAUUCUGCUUCGCCCACUGUUCAACAAUGCAUUUCGUCUUACUACUCACUUAUACAGUGCUUUCAAAUUCAUGACGAGCAAAGGUUUCAUAAGAAAUACUCUUGUUUACCUCUCUCGAAUCUGGACUUGGUUGGAAGUAGAAGUCUAACGCAUGAGAAACGACCGAACAACUUGACAAAUGAAGCUUCGAAAAAUGACACCGCCCAAAUAAAUGAUUAUAAUGUUUUCGGGUAUUCAGGCGGUCCUUUAUUAACACUGACUAAAUCACUGCUGGGUAUACGCGAACCCUUGGAGUGGAAGGAUACUAUCGAAAUUCGUCAGUUAAGUCCUGGAUGCAAAUGGCCAUCUGAGCUACUCAAUCCGACCAAAAGUCAACCAAAUACAACUUUAUAUCUAUUGACGGAGUUUCUCGAGCUGCAACUAGAUGACGGUAACCUAGAGCCUAUUUUCGGUUCAGCAUUUAUUUACGAUGUUCAUUCGCGCCUUAAAGUUUCGGAAACAUUCCAUUUUGAUACCAAUUCAACAAGAAUGAUGAACUUGUUUAGUGGUAGUAUGACAAACCAGCAACUAGCUUAUCGUGAUGUGACCUCAUUAGCACAGACCUGUCUGUUUCGAAUAAGUAGUCGAUACAAUCUGUCCAACUCAACAGAUCUAAGAGGUAAUAUUACGAAGCCUUAUUUAAAAACACCCUCUGGGGGCUCUGCGGAAAAAAUUGGAGUACACUCGAAUGUUCCUACAAAUGACUGUGAAUCAAAUAACGACGAUGAUUUUGGUCUAGAAGACGUCCUACUAUUUGCUUCAGAAUGGACUGAGAAGCUUACUUUUAACUCCUGUAAAACAUCUUGUUGUAAAGGCGGAUUGUUUUUAAUAAUUCGAGUAGAGAAGGUAUUACAACAAGGUGAUGUAAACGAUAUCAUUGAAGGUUAUAAUAAGGAUGAAAAAAAUAAAGAUAAACUGAAAACCACAAUAAACUGGUGUUGUCAACGCUUAGGACGUUAUCGUAUGCCCUUAGUUUGGACUGCUGUUGAUUUAACACCAUAUAUGAUUGAUCCUCGUAAUAAAUUUAUUCAAUCACAAACUGAUGAUACUCAUUGUGCAAAAACAACGGAAUCCAUUAAUCUCAACAAACAAUAUUCUGAGUUUAAUAAACGAAAUUUAAAUGGUGGCGGUAGUACACGUAGUCGGUCAGUAGAUCCUGCUUUACAUAAUCAUUCAGAGGAUAAUAGUGUUAAUCCUCAUGAUUCAUUAUCAUCAUCAAUAUUUGGUGUAUCGAAUAGUCCAGAGGGUUUCGUAAAAAAAGCAAAAUAUGACUGGAUAAAAGGAAUGGUAACUAGUCAUCAUGAAAAACGCUUUCAUCAAAGUAUUUCUAAUUGUUCAAAAAGCAUCGAACAAUCAGAUUCAAUAUGCUUUUCGCCUAUAGAACUAAAAAUUAAUAAUUUUUUUAGACAAGAAAAAGAUCGAAUAAAUGACGAUGAGUUAUUUCGUCAUGUUAAUGAAAUUCAUCGUCAAACACUAUUUAAUCAUCGACAUAUCAUUUCACCUGGUCCUGGGUUAAAUGGUGUUUUAAUGAACAAUCACGUUGUUGCUAAUAAUAACAGUAAUAAUUCAGAGAAUUCUAAUUUAAAUAUUUCCAACUUUUCAUUAAAUCUUUCAUCUGCAUUUAGUCCUACUAGCGGUUCAGUGAGACGUUUCAAAACAAUUUCUAAUAUAUCAUUAAAUAUACGUUUACAUUGGGCGACUUCACAAACUCUUAUCAAUUUGUUAAAGUCAACGAAUCUAAAAAUUAAAAGAUAUUCAAUUUCAAAAAGAAAAGAUGAAUUAAAUAGUCAGUCUAGCAUUUUGCUCAAUCCCGAAUGUCUUCCGUACAUUGGUUCUAUUUUUCAAGCAUUUAGUGAUUUUUCUGUUAAUAAAGUUGACAAUAACUCUACAGUGUUUGAACAUAUACCAAAUAUGAUUCGUGAAGUUCUUGAAUUGCCUUCACCAGAUCUAAUGGUCCCAUUUACAUCAUAUCGUAACCUUUUAUAUGUAUAUCCACGAAGUGUUAGUCUUCCUCCUUCAAAACAGGCUUCUUCUCGAAAUAUUACUGUUCGUGUACAAUUAAUGUAUAGUGACUCUACUGUAACUAAAGUACUUCCGGCUAUAUAUGGCAAAAGCAAUUCUCCUAGGUUUAUAAGCGACGCGUUUACUACAGUUCUAUAUCAUAAUAGAUCGCCAGAAUUUUUCGAUGAAAUAAAAAUUCAGUUACCUGGAAAAUUGGAAGAAACUCAUUAUCUGUUAUUUACAUUUUAUCAUGUAAUUUGUCAAACAAAAAAACUUGAAUCAUCUGCGUCUUUAGAAACUGUAAUUGGUUAUUCUUGGCUACCUUUAUUAGAACAAGGAUGUUUAAAAGAUCGUGAUCUGAAUUUGUUAGUCAGUGUAGAAAAACCAUCCCCAGCUUUGUCAAUGAUUAAGCCGGACAUAAAAUCGAUCUCAGAAAAGUUUUGUAUGGAUGCUUGCAAAUGGGUUGAUGCUCAUCGUGAACUAUUCAGUGUUUCUACAACUGUUGUUUCUAGCGUUUACAUCCAAGAUGCUUCAUUAGAAUGUCUUUUAUCGGCUUGUCAUAUAAAUCGAAUCAAUUCUACCAUUGAAAGUUUUGCUAAUCGAUCUGCUGUUCGUCAACUAUUCUCAUAUAUUCAUAAAACAAGUCUUCAUCAGUUAACUGCAUUUUUCGUACCACUCCUCGAUGGCUUUCUUCGAUUGUUAUUUAAUUGCAUAAUAAGUACGAUUUCAAUCAAGAUGAAUGGUACCAAAUCGAAUAAUAAUGAUAGUAGUAUGGAGAUGAAUAGACCUAGUCUAAUCGCGUUAGAACUGCUCAUUGUAUUUUUGAAUCGUAUUACACGAAGUUUUCCUCAUUUAAAUGAUAGACAUGGACGAAACCAACUUUUAGUUUCAUAUUUAACUGGCCCACACUUUUUAACUAUUGAAACAGUUUUAGGUCAUUACUUCUCUGGACAUCCGUUAUUUGGAGUACCGAUAGUUUCGGAUUUGGUAAAUCCUGAACAGAUCGAUAAAAGCCUUUUAGCCAAUAUCAUUUUAACUGAACUUAUAAAAAUCUAUCUAUUCAGAACUAAACUCAAUGAUUCUCAAAGUAGUCAAACUUUUUUCCCUUCAUUAUGGUUUCUUUUGGAAUUAUUUAUUCAUUUAUUAGCACAAGAUUGGCACUUGACAAUAGAAGCUAAUGAACCGAACAUCAUUUUACCACUAUAUGAAAACCCUUGUUUUUUGGAAGAUUUAAGUUCAUUUAAUACAUGCCUAACAGAAUAUAUGAUUCGAUAUGUUUGUAGUCAAUAUACUAAAAUUUCGGAUGAUUCAACUCAGUGGGAAUCUCAUCGACUAAACAAUCAAAUAUUCUCAUUUUUCCUUUACGAUCUUUUCUCAUUUCUACCUAUCGAGUAUAUUUUUUCUGAAAUAAAAAAUUAUUGGAAUAAAAUUGAUCAACUACUCUCGGAUGCAGAAUUAAAUCAAAUUUCAAGUGAUAAAUUAUUAAAUUAUUUCAAAUUAGAUUUAUUACAAAUAAUUUGUUCACAUAAAGCAUUUUACCUGUUGAAUGAUUGUAAUAAUGACAAUGUUAAUUUCAAUAAUUUAUUACCAGUGAAUUGUGAACGAUUACUUCAAAGUUAUAAGCAAUUAUCCUUAUGCAAAAAUAAUCAUCAAACAAAGCCUUAUAUAAAGUCGAAUUAUAUUCCAUUAGCUACUAUUGAACCAGAAUUCUAUGGAACUGAAGAUAAUCAUCAUCAUUGUCACACUGAUGAUUAUCAUGCAAAAAGUUUAAACAUAAAUAAUGUGAAUGUCUUCAAUAGACAUUUUCUUAUUUCACUAGUUAUUUGUGAAUUGAUCACAGCUUUAAGAUCUGAGGACUCUGACCUGCAAAGACGUGGAGUUGAUGUUCUUUGGAAUAUUCUAUUAAAUAAUGAAUUGGAUUUAGAAAAAGUGACAUCAGAAAAAGAUUUUUCAUCUCAAUCGAUUUCCAACCUAUCUCAACUCACUUACUUUUAUUCCCCAAUACUUAAUAUUACGUGUGAUUCUUUGCCAUGUCUUGUUAAAACAUGGCAUUUAAACCAAUUUCGAUCAAACCGUUCUGCUGAGACUGAAUUUCUCAAACCUAAACAACAAUUUACAUAUGCUACAACAGCAGAUAAAGUGGUUCCUAAUUCAUCAAAUGAUUCUUGUUCAACAGUUCGAGCUUCCGGAAGAAUGAGACGGAUAAGGCGAUAUGCAAAACCUACUAAAUUCUUGGAAUCUGUAUUGGUCGGGAACUUGAAUACUAAAGAACCUGAAAAACCUCGUUCUCCACUACCUAAUGAAGAUUCAGAUGUGAACCUUAUAUUGAAUACCCAAUUGGAUUCUACUAAACCUAUGAAAUAUAGUACAAUGAAACGAUUAUUGUUAAUUAAUGUUUGGAUCCUUAAAUAUAUUCCCGAUUCACUUUAUCAUGAAUGGCUUAAACAAGCUAGCACUAAAGAGCGGAAUCAGCUUUUGUUAUUGAUUUUCUUAAUUGUAGAUGUUUUCGAAACUCACAUUUCCGAAGAUGAUUUACCCCUUAAAGAUAGUUACCCUCUAAGAGGUAGUAGAAAUCAUUCAGAUUAUCAAGUAAUUAAGAAUGAAUCACGAAAUAUCGUGGAUCAAAAUACUUCAUCAAAUGAUCAUAAUUCUAUUGUUCGAUCCCUUAAAAAAUCACCCCAUGAUUCACUUAUCAAGUUGAAAUCUCCAUCAGUUGAUUGUACUUUGUCAAGUCCUUAUGUUCAUCAAAAUAACAACACUUCCUCAAGUCAACAAUAUCAUUCUCGUCCAACUUUACUAAAACUCAAGACUAAAUUUACAAGAUCUAACAGUUUUUCACUGGGAUCAUAUUCAAAUGAUACAGAUUUGUUUAGCUCAAAUCAAGAUUUAAAUGUUCUACGAAGUAUUUUGGUUUGUAAUGAUGUUGUUAUGGUCUUGUGCAAUUCGUUGGAUGCUACAAUAGAAGGAUUAUGGCAAGCGGACACGGCACUUGGCCAACCUGGCUUAAGUUUAUUCACACUUUAUAAUUAUCCACUUAAUUGCAUUCUACCUUACAAGAAAUCGAGUUCGAUUAAUAAUGAAAACAAUACCUCUACAAGCCAAUGUCUUAUCAGUUGUAUUAUUCGUAUUAUUUUAUAUGUACUUGGUUUAAAUCAAAGCUCAGUGAGUUAUCAACGCAUUCUGCUUUCCUUGAAACGUAUCAUAUCACGUUUCCCUAGCUUCUUAUUUGAAGAUAAUCCGGAAUUUUGUUCUGUUUCAUGUCAUCAUUUAUUACGGUUAUGUACAAUGAAAGAAACAACUGUUCGCGACGAUGCUGUAGAUACAUUAUAUUUUUUAAUAAAAAAUUAUUAUACACUAACUAAAAAUCUAUCUUUUGUCAAAGUACAUCUUUAUUUAACAUUUAAUUCAUUUUUUACAAAGUUAAUUAAUAGUGGAAUGAUCAUAUCAAAUAAUUCACUAAUGAAUAAACAUUUGAAUAAUAAAAUGAAUACUGAAAAUAUUCAUUUCACAUUAUCGUCUACUUUGUUAAUGAAAGCAUAUUUAACUGAUUCAUUACAUUAUUUAAAACAUUUAACCUUAUCAGACGUAGAUUCUAACUUAUCAACUAAAUUAAUUGAUAACAGUAACUAUGACGAAACAAUGUUUGAUUCAGAAAGAUACAUUGAACCAUUUAAUUUAACAUCAUUAUCAUUGAAUAAUAAUGACGAUGGGUAUAAUACGGUUUCUGGAAUAACUACAACACCGAUGACAGUGCCAACAAUACCAUUUAUGUCAAAUAUUCCCAAUUCAAAUUUUACUUUACAAAUUAGUCAACUAAUAGAUAAUUUAAAUUAUUUAUUAAAUGAUGCUAUACGAUUACAAGAUACAAUACAUGUUGUAUAUAAACGACAACAGGAACAAUCGAAUGAUUGUUUUAAACAAACAGUGAAUGAAGAUACACUUUCAAUGAUUGAUUUAUUACAUUCUAUAUCACAUAGAAACCGUGCAUCACCGGAAUUACGAUUGUAUUGGAUUUUACAAAUUGCUGAGAAACAUUAUGAACUUUCUCAAUUUGCUGAAGCUUCUCAGUGCUUAGCACAUUGUACAGCUAUUGUCGCUGAACAUAUGAUUAAUCGAGGUUGUAGUCCAUCUGGACUAUCAUCAGCUGGAUGUGCAGAUAUUGCUGAUGCUGUACAAAAUUUAAAUAUACUUGAAGAAAGUUGUGCGUGCGGCUUUCCUAAUACAAGUGUAUUCGAUAAGUUCAGUUGUUCUACACCGAUAAUUCUACAAGAUUUAUCAUCUCUUAUGCCUUUAGAUGUUUCUUGGCAUUUUACAAUGCCUGGAUUUAUGGCACUAAUAUCCUGGACAGCAGAAUCAUUUGCAAAAGCUGGCUUUUAUGAAAUAGUUCCAUGUUUAUAUUCUCGCCUUGUGCUUUUGUUGCAAUCAAGUAAUGAUUAUGGACGUCUAGCAGAGAUCCAUGGACGAAUAAGAGAUGCAUAUACCGUACUGAAUAAAAAUCAGAAUACUAAAAGAAUGUUCAGUAGUUAUUUCCGUGUUGGUUUUCAUGGAAUUAUUUUUGGUGAAUUAAACGGUAAAGAUUUUAUAUAUAAAGAAGCUCCAUUCACGAAAUUGGCUGAAAUCACUCAUAGACUUCAAGCAUUUUAUGGAGAUAAAUUUGGUCAAGACAGGAUAGUCAUCAUUAAAGAUUCAAAUAUUGUAGACGAAAAACAAUUAGAUAGUGAUAAAGGUUAUCUUCAAAUCACUUUUGUGGAACCAUACUUGGAGGAUUUUGAACUUCGAAGACGUACAACUAAAUUUCAUUGUAAUUAUGGUCUAAGUAAGUCGGAGACUAGUUUUCUUUUUAAUUUUUAUCCUUUCAUUAUGUUACUGUAAUUUAACUAAUCUUACCAUAGUUGUAUGAGACAGAAAUAUCAAAUCUUAAUUGCCCCUAGAUAUUUUCAAUGAAAGUCAAAUGUUUCCGACCAUGUAACUGAUGUAUUAUGAUCAUAGUUUCUCAUCAAAAACAUAUUAUAAGUUGUAUAUGUACAGUAUUAAAUACAUUUUUUUAUUUGUAGACUUACAAAAUGUUAAUUUAUUAGUGAAAAUAACUAUUAUUUAGGAGAACUUAAAUCUGAAACCAUAGGAUGAUAUGAAAAUUAACAUUUUUGAUCCCCAUUAACCCUUAUCUCACAUUCACUACACUGAUGUACUUAUGAGUAAGAACAUAAAAACAUUUACAAUUGGUAUUAGAUGAACUUACUGGUUACAUAAUAGAAAAAUGUCGCUAGAUUACCUUGACAGUAUUGCCUUUUAACUGAGAUCAUGAACCGAUCACUGGUGGUCUAACUUUCAUCGGCUCAUGAUCUCAAUUAAAACUCAACAAUAUACACUACCCUAUACUAAGUAUUACCUUUAGUUUAUCGAGUUGGAAACAAUAUAAACUUACUAAAAAAUACGAUAUUGAUUGAAUAAAUCUAUAAAAUGCCAUUAUCUGCUAUACUCAUUGUAGGGCAACAAUCUAUAUUUCUCAAUAUCAGACCCACCUUCAUAUCAUUGGACAGGACUGUUCUCUGCGAUUGUUUGUUGAUGGGUGAGCCUGAGAAGCUCAUUGAAAUCCUGAAGUUUCGUUAUAUAAACACCUCAGGCAGAUUGAAGAAAUAUAACCACCUCUCUCCAUUGUUUCAUUCAAGCAGUGAGAUCAGGUAGGGCUGCCAAAUCCCAUCAAUCCUCUUUAACUCUACCAUCGAUAGGAUUCUGAAAGCACCUCUGAUGAAACUAGGUAAUUGUGAUGUUGAUCUGUUAACUGGAGAAAUUCUCCUCGACCUUGAGUGUGCAGAUGUCGUUUUACUGUUUGCUGAUACUCAAGUCGUGCAAUCAGCGCUCAGUCAAUUGGUAAUGAAUGUCCUUAAGUAUGGCAUGAGCUUUGCACCUUCUAAGUCCAAAGUGCUUCUAAAAGACUAGCAGAAACCUGUGCCUGCAUUCGCACUUAGUGGUGAGCAGUUAUACAAAGCACCGUAGCUUGAAGAGUUAUCGGAAAUGUUUCGGAAUAAAAGCCAGUGCCAAUCCGGCUGUAAUUUCCCUUCAUUAUCUUCAUAGAAGUGAGCGGAACUUCUCUAGCCAAAAGGAUUUCUAGUUACAGCUUUCUUAAUUGAACUGCUUCCCCCAUUAUUUGUUUUUCUCCUCUUUACUCUCACACGCCUAUUAUUUUGCUAUUUUUCUUUACUACACUCAUCUUCCCGAUUCUUUCUAUUCAUCAUCUCACUUAUUGCGUGGCUUUAAGUAGUCUACAUACCAUAGGGACAAAGUAAACUUCCCCUCUUUUUAGUGUAUGGAUCAAAGAAAUAUAUUUACAGAUUACAUGUGAAUAAGGUUGAUUAAUUAAACAAGACAAAAAAACCAUUUAAGAAAAAGAACGAUUUGACAAUGCUACUUUCUCUAAUAUUUUAUCUUAAACAAUUAUUAACAAUCUAUUUGUAGUUGAAUAUUUUGCUGUACUGUCUCUCCUAUACAUACGACAAUAUAAACACAGUAUCUACCUAAUGUAAGUAGAUUGGAAUUCAUUUACUGAAGAGUUGGUACAUUUCUAUUUUCAGUGUGUUACUUCAAAAUUUAGUAUUUUAUUGUGAAGGGAUUUUACUAUCACUUUUUUUCAGAGCGUUUUGUUCUUUCUCUACCGUUCACAAUUGAUGGACAGGCUCAUGGUAGUUUAAGUACACAAUACAAGCGAAAAUAUAUCCUAACAACAUCCCGAUGUUUUCCGUAUAUGAAGACACGUUUAUUAGUUGUAUCAACUGAAUCGCAUACUCUGACCCCAAUUGAAGUUGCUUUAGAAGAUAUAACACAUCGAGUUGAACAAUUAGAUCGAGUAUUAGCAACAGAACCACCUGACGUCAAAUAUUUACAAAUGUUAUUACAAGUAGGUUGUUGUGAUUCAUUCAAAUUUCAUUUCAAGUAAAAAAGUUCCGUGAUUACUAGUGUGUAUAUAGAUGUAGUUCACCUAAAAAUUAGCUAAUUUAAUUAAGAAAAUUUAUGUUCAACAUUUCUCUAGAUAAUUGACCUCUGCAUUUUGUAUUUCGACAAACUACUCUAAUCAUAUAAAAUGUACAGGCGAAUUUUGCAUUAUUACAUUCCAGAACUGUAAACUUAUAAUUAUUGUCAUAUUUUUCUUUCCAUGUGCAAGAUUCUCCAUAUUUGGUAUAGAGCAAGAGGUUGGUCAAAGUUGAAUACCUAAACGUGUACUGGUAGGUGAUUUGCAAAAGAAAAAACAGUCCAAGUGAUUGGCAUGAACUGACCCCUUCUUUAUACCUUGGUUUCUAAUUUUUACUUAUAAAUCGAUACUUCUAAAAUAAUAGUCCAAAGUAUCCACAAAUUUUUCGUUACUAGAGGUGUUGCUGACUGAAUUCCACUUCACAAUACUUAGUUAUACUGGUAUCAAGGUCCAAUGGUUAUUGGAUGAUCAGAAAUAGCUCUGCAAAAUACCAGUUGGGGGUCCUUUUUAUUGACGAAAGUAACAAUGAGAACAGGUUGUAGUUGAUAUGUAGUACUUUUUGAAUGAUAAUUACACAAGGGGAAAUGUGUUUGUACUGUAGGGGCUGAUAAUAUUUCAAGCCCACAUAGUUUAUUCUAGCUUCGGGACAGACCAAUCUAUUCAUUCUUCUCAAGCCACAUUUUUACCUUGUCACUUAUUCGCCUAUUAGUCCUGACUGUUUCUUUAUAUGAUUGCGUGUUAAUUAUUUGCCUUAUUCAUUAUGAAUCUGCAACUUCUUUUUGUCUGACUAUAAAUAUCGAUUCAACCUUGGUUAGAUCGAGUUGGUUCACAUGCCAUCUCCGAUUCGCUUCGUUUUUCUGAUUGUUAGUCUGAAUCAACGAUUGUAUGAAAUAUACGUAUUCUAAAUCCAUUCUCGUAAUGGACUUAUUUAAUUCCUUUAUUCGCUAACGCGAUUUAAGUCGAUGACUAUAUACAAGGGUUAGUGACAUGUACAUUUCCAUAGCAAUCAUUCGUCCGAUCUAAUCGGAGUCAGAUUUCGGGUUGCACUACAAUACCAGAUAUUGUACAGUACACAGAAACAGUAUUAUGUAGUACUGAUAAUCACGUUAAGCAUGAAUAAAAUUUUAAGGAAACAAACUUGGAUAACAAUUGUUCACAAAUCAAGUUUUAAAAAUCACUAAACGGAUACCCACUAAAUUGUCCAUGGGCAUCACUACAGUAAACUACUGUUUGAUAAUAACAGCAGACACAAAAAUAUAUAAUGCAUUUGGAUAUUUUGCAAAAAUAAUAUGAUUGCUUUGUAUAAUAAUUAAAUCUGGCAAACUAUUGCUAGAAGUGGAUAUUUAAGAGAAGUUACGAUGCUAAGACAUAGCGCCCAUUAACAAAAGUGACAAAUUAUAAUGUCGAUCUGUAUUAUCUCUAAGGUUUUCACCAAUCUCCUACUACAAUAUGUUGUUUGUUUUUGUUUUAAUUCGUAAGAUUUCAUCGGGAAUAUUGAUAAUUACGCUUUUUUUCGUUCAGGGAUGCAUCGGAACUGUGGUCAACCAAGGACCUGUUGAAAUGGCAACAACUUUCUUGGGGCAUGAAAAAAAUAAACCACUAAAAUCAUUAAUUCCCGAUAAGAAUAAGUCGUCUACAACAUUGAAUUCCACUACAUAUGAAGAUAUACAAAAUCGUCUUAGGAUAACUUUUCAACAAUUUCUUAUAAAGUAAUUUUUCACUGCAUCAUUUAUAAAUGUAUAUGUUUUAACAAAAAGUACUGUAAAAAAUAUGUAGGUGUGUUUGUAAUUUGAAGCAAAAAUGAGAACUUAGUAUAUAGAGUAUUAACAGUUAAAUUACUUGAUUAAAAUAGCUCCGUCAGACAAAAAAACACAGAUCUUAUAUGUCUAAACACCUUUUUAAUCAAUCCGUAUGACUAAACAUUUAUUUCAGUGAAUUAACUGCAGGAAUAAUAAAGUUAAUUAGUAACUAACUAAAUUACACUGGAAAUUCUUGUGAAUAUAUUCUCUCAACAGGUCACUAUUCUUUACGGUACAACACAUUUAUGAACAUAAAAACAAGAAACUCAUCCAUACAUAUGUGAUUUUUCUAUACAGGAUACUCCAUACACUGACUCGAUAGCUUCCAUUUAUUCUUAUUCAUAGUUCUUAAGUGAACUAGUUCAGUUUACGAGACGCUUCAUACAAGCACAAAAAUCGAGAAAUGAAGUGUAUCCGUAUGAUUUUACAUCUGGCUAUCGUCGAAGAAUUCAAUUUACAGGCACACAACACAGUGUUUAAGUUAGGCUGGUCAAACUAGACUUAAAUGCUAUUGAGCAACAUUAUACUGAAUUUAUACUUAUACUGUUAAGCUAAAUUAUCAUCUAAAAAACUCAACAGUAUUUAAGGAAAUAAGAUAUAGGUCAAUUGUUUUAAGCUUAAUUCCCUGUUUUACAUUUGUAACCAAUAUUGACGUGUUCUUAGAAAAUAACUUUAUAAGAACCUGUGCUGAUAGUUUUUCGUCAAGUUGUGCUCUUCUAGAACUAGCAACCACUGUUACAAAAUUUGCUGACUCACUUUUUCCUUAUUAUACCUUUGUUCAUUCCUAAUUAUAGAUCGUAUGAAGCUCUCCGUCUAAAUGAAUCAUUAAUCGGUUCUGAUCAGAUAGAAUAUCAUAAAGAGUUGGAAAGAAAUUUCACCAAUGUUAAACGACUACUUGAUCCUCUGAUCGUGAUACCUAAAUCUACUUUGACUAAUGGUUUUACAGGAAUGAAACAAAAUGAUGAAUUUCCACUAAAAUCAACAAAAUAAUGACAUAAAGUCUGCUGGAUAUUUUUCAAUUUAUUCUAUACUACUGAAUACCAUUUUCAGUAACCACCUCCGCAUUUAUUUACAAAAUUCCAUAUACUCGUGAAUAAAUUAAAACAAUAAAAAGUGGUGAUACUUAAUUUAUAAUUUGUUCAUUCUGCGAUGUCAAUCCGGUAAAAUUCUACCCGUCUACUUCAUUCUUUUCAUCACUUCUGUUGUUUAUCUUCACUUGAUUUUUUUAUUUAUUUAAUAAACGGAAUAAUUUACAUAAUUUCAUUCUUUCCUUACUUCUUAGUCUUCUUUUUUUUAAAUACCUACAGAAGACGUGUACAACAGUUUAUCCCGCAAAAUUAUACUGUGAUAAAAGAUUUUUCGCACUUUUAGCCCGGAUUUCUACGUUGUUAUUUAUUUCGUCUUGGAAUUUCCUCGUAUUAGGUACUUUCUUAAUUUAUCUACUCUGCAUUGUACUGUAAAUACCUGUAUAUUAAUUAUUGUAUUUGAACAAAUAUUCCUACUAAAAUUUAUUUGUGUAAAUACAUUGAUAUGUCUAUUAUG